GCCGGAUUUUCAUGAAAACUACUUGUCAUGAUUGAAUUUUUAAUUAUCACUACCACAACUACAACGAAGUUUUUCCUUAUUUUUCUUAUUGACAUUGAAUUCAUGCGGAAUUUUUUGCGAUAAAAUCUGAUUUUUGCAAAUCGAUUCUAGCGCCACACAUAGUCGAGCUGGUACUAAACACGCUCCAGAUUUCAUUAAACACUAAGGACCAAGCCACAAAGCAAAAAAAUGGGAGAACGAAAAGGAACGAAUUUAUAUUACCCUCCCGAUUACGAUCCUCGUGUCGGAGGGCUCAACAAAUUUAUGGGCACUCAUGCUCUACGUGAACGAGCUCGAAAAUUACCCCAGGGUAUUUUAAUUAUUAGAUUUGAGAUGCCAUUCAAUAUAUGGUGUAAUGGAUGCAACAAUCAUAUUGGAAUGGGCGUUCGUUAUAAUGCAGAAAAAAAGAAAAUUGGAAUGUAUUACAGCACACCCUUAUAUCAAUUUCGAAUGAAAUGUCACUUGUGUGAUAAUCACUUUGAGAUCAAAACUGACCCAGCUAACUUAACAUACAUUAUUGAAAGUGGUGCUCGUCGACAAGAAAAUCGUUGGGAUCCAACAGAAAAUGAACAAGUGGUUCCUGAAGACAAAGAAGUAUCUAAACGUUUGUAUGAUGAUGCUAUGUUCAAAUUGGAACAUUCAAUCGGUGAUAAGAAAAAAAGUAAAUCUCAAGAUCCAUCUUUGAAUAGAUUAAUUGAAAAAAACCAUUCUCAAUGGAGUGAUGAUUAUUCUUUAAACAGUACACUGCGUGCAUCAUUUAGAACUAAAAAAAAGGAAGCUCAAGAACAAAGAAAGUCUCUAUUAGCUAAGAAUCUUUCCUCAAGUAUUGAAUUAGUAGAUGAACACGAUGACGAUGUGAAAUUAGCUCGAAUAAUUAUGAAAAAUAAAAGCAAUGAUUCUGCUAAAAAAUCAGGAAAAGCAGCAUCAUUAAAAAGACUGAUUAGAGUGAGUCAGGCACAGAAAAUUAAGAAACCAACGACGAGCACAUUUACGAAAGCGGUAGUUAAGACACCUAAAAAUGCUACAUCAUCCACAGAAACAUCGUCUGGUUCUAAGUCAAAUUCUAUAGCUUCUUUAGUUAAUUAUGAUUCUUCAAGUUCGGAUAGUAAUACGUAACGAAAGCGAACAGAGAGUAAAAUGGAUAUAAUAAAAUCUCUUCGAUUUAAUUUUUUAAUAAAUUUCAAUUCUGUAAAUAUAUUAAUAAGAAAAUAACAUUGUUACUGUAUUAAUGAACGAAAUUUAUUUUGUUAAAAAAUGACUGAUAAAUAAACCAAAAUAAAAGUAUCUUUUAA